AUGCUGUGGCGCGUCAAGCUGCUGGACCUGCCCAACGAGAUCAUCCUCUCCGCCGUCGAAGAGCUGCCCGACGAUUCUGUCUAUGCGCUCGCGUUCGUCUGCCGACGGCUGCACCACCUUGUCCUUCCAUCCUACCUCGCACGCAAAGGGUUGGGCCCAGGCCCAGGCAAGUACCUCUCAUUGUUCAACCACGACGCAUGGGACGCGAUUCGCGCCCUGAAAGUGGCGCCCUUCAAGGUAAAGCUAAGGAAAUUGUUCUACCUCGUUGACUGCAAGAAGGAUAAUGGGCGGCUUGUCGGGGAGGUGGAGACACUGAAGAGGGUGCUAGAUAAGGUGGAGAUUGUAGAGGAGGUUGUGGUUGUCUUCGACCGACCAGGGAUAACAGUGGAAGGGUUCCCGUCUAUUCUGGAAGGGGAUGAGGUAGACGAGAGACACGAAGAGGACCGCUGGAUACCUGUUCCUUCGACACACGCGAGAAACGUCCUGGACACGAUCGUUUCUUCUGGCCAGUGCCUUUCGCUCAGCGUUGGAGGGGAUGUCUUCCCUCGCUCAAGUGAUAAUCAUCAACAGCUUGGGUCAACUGUCGACGAUCAUCCGGGCAGGUGGCAGGCUCUCCGCAGGCGACUUGUCCAACAUUCGUCCUGCCUUCCUCGGAACAACGGCCAGAAUCUGACCUCCUUCGACCUACACACUCCAGUGCUAUUCCAACCGCUACUAUGUCUCUGGACUCUCAACACCCUUAACAGCUCUUCUAUCGCCAAGAUUUCUAUCAACCAACAAUGGACGACGGAUAACAACCGCGGAAACAUCGACCAGUGGUCGCUUAUUCUACCCCACAUCUUUAUGCCAUCUCUAACCGACUUCUCCCUCGACUAUUGUGCCAUUUGGACCCAUGACCUCAUCGCGUUUCUCCGACGGCACCGCUCACUCCAAAAGUUGUAUAUCGGUCACCACGUUACUAAUCCCUCCGAUACCCUUCGGUUGUCGUUUCAAGACAAAAGUGCACUACGGAACAUUACGCAUCUGCAAGCACCCGUUAAUUGGCUUACGUUUCUGCUUUCGAACAAAAGGUCGCUCCCGGCUCUUUCUUCUUGUACAGUACUAGUCCACCUCUUCGGCACGGACAAUUCGCCGCUUUCGUCGAUACUGGACGACCCGCUAGAACCUAUCCUACCCCGCCUCUGCUCCCUGAAGGAGCUGCAUCUCUCGCUAUCCUUCGGCUCUCCGCUAUCGGACUGGAUCCACGUCGACCCCAGCCUAGGGCCCGAGGACAAAUCCGCCACUACAACCCGCGUGCACUCGCUCGUCACUCAUAUAGAAGCAUGCAUUAGGAUGUAUGCCGUUCCACGUUUGGUAUCGUACAAGAUGCCAAAGUGGCUUGCCCAGUUCCCGGCUCUGAGACGGUUCGCUGUCUACACGAUGUCGGGUGCUGGGUCGUUCGCUCCUGCGCAGAAGGAGCUGCUCCUCCAGGGUAUCCUGGAGUCCUGUCCCGGCGUCAUCGUUGACUUUGGGGUUGCGGACGAGGUUGACCUCGUCACUAGGACUAGAGCACCUUGA